AUGUCAUCGGUCGCAUCGACAGUCGAUCCGACUUCAAAGAAAUCUGCUCUGAACAUAGCGACAGACGCAAAUGGCGAAGUCAAAAAGCUUCACCAUAUCCCCCGCCCUGCAACCAAGGAGGCCGAAAGAAAAUGGCUCCUCGAACAGAUGGCGGGUGCUUUUCGCAUAUUCGCCAAACUAGGAUUUUCGGAUGGCAGUAGCGGGCACAUAAGUCUUCGAGACCCUAUCGAACCCCACACCUUCUGGAUCAAUCCGUAUGGCAUACACUUUGCCCUCCUCAAGGUCUCCGAUAUGGUUCGAGUAGACGAGGAAGGAAAUCGAGUCGCAGGUGCAGACAAGCCUGUCAACGCAGCAGGUUUCAUUAUUCAUUCUGCGAUCCAUCAGAAGCGACCGGAUAUUCAUGCCGCUUGCCAUAUGCAUAGUCCGUAUGGCAGAGCGUGGAGCACAUUCGGCCGGGCUAUUGAUAUGUUCAAUCAAGAUUCCUGCAUGUUCUAUGAUGAUCUUUCGGUAUAUCCCGCCUUUGGAGGCGUUGUCUUUGCAAAGGAGGAAGGCCAACGGCUCGCUGAAUAUCUUGGUCCUAAGAACAAGAAUCUGAUUAUGCAGAAUCAUGGACUACUUACUGCUGGAGGAACCGUUGCCGAAGCAGCGGCGUUCUUCAUUGCGCUAGAAAGGGCAUGUCAGACGCAGCUUCUGGUGGAAGCUUCGACAGCACCGGGCUCUAACGGAGCAAGAGAUGGCAUUCUGAAGAAAACAAUCGUCGAUCAUGAAACGGCCACAUACACCAAAAAAGGAACGGGCACUCCUGAAGUGAUGUAUAUGCAAUUUGAGCCCGAAUAUCAAUUGAUUUUGAAGGAAACGGGAGGUGACUUUUUGGAUUGA